UAGAAAGGAGAAGGGCGAGGGAGGAAGAAAUUUACGAAAGCCAAGACUUUGUGUCCUGAUCUGGAAAAUAACUAGGGUAGGUGCAUCCCUUGUUGAUGACCCCCCCUUGCUUUGCAUGUGAAUAGGCCCUACGUGCGAACCACCUCCAUCCGCCUGCAACUUCGGACGAACCCGCCAUAUAAAGCCGAGAAGAACAUCAUACUACUCUGUACCGAUUCCCCAUUCUUACCUCAUGUCCGCUACAGCACCACGACGCCGCAGCGAUGACAGUUUCAACGGCCGUUGAAGCGCACGCCAAUGGCGUUACCCGCCGGGUUCGCGAGCCCAAUGGCCCGUCAACAACGGCAACAGCGGCGACGGGCCCGCCGCAGCCUGCUUCAGCCGAGCAGUUGAAGCAGGCAUUCCGCCGAAAGUACCGCCACGUCGAGGCGGUACACUCCGCAUCGAGGCCGUCGUGCCUCAGCCAUGACACCACCGAGACGCCCAGUUUCCUGGGGUUUCGCAACCUCAUGGUGAUUGUGCUGGUUGCCGGCAAUCUCCGCCUGGUGAUCGAGAACAUCCAGAAGUACGGCGUCUUGAUUUGCAUCAAGUGCCACGACUUCCGGAAGAAUGACGUGCGCUGGGCGCUGGCGCUCUACUUCCUCAUCCCGUGCCACCUGCUGAUCGCCUACCUCAUCGAGCUGGUCGCCGCCCACCACGCGCGCGGCUCUCGAGCGAGAAGGGCGGCCUCCGAGAAACACGACGGCAGCAGCAACAACAGCAGCAGCAGCAGCCCGACCGAGGACCAGUCGCUCGCGUUCCGGCGGACGUGGCGCCUGAUUCGCAUCGCGCACGCGCUCAACGUGACGGCGGCGCUGGCGUUCGCGUCGUACGUGGUCUACCACCGCAUCCACCACCCGCUCAUCGGCACGCUGACAGAGGUGCACGCCAUCAUCGUGUGGCUCAAGACGGCGUCGUACGCGCUGACGAACCGCGACCUGCGCCACGCGUACCUGCACCCGGCGGUGCGCGGCGAGCUGGACGCGCUGCCGGACCUGUACAGGGCCUGCCCCUACCCGAGCAACAUCACGCUCGCCAACCUGGCCUACUUCUGGUGGGCGCCCACGCUGGUCUACCAGCCGGCCUACCCGCGCACCGAGCGCGUGCGCUGGGUAUUUGUGGCCAAGCGCCUGGGCGAGCUGGUGUGCCUGAGCGCCUUCAUCUGGUUCUGCAGCGCGCAGUAUGCCAGCCCCGUGCUGCGCAACUCGCUCGAUAAGAUGGCCAGCCUCGAGUGGAUGGCGAUCGUGGAGCGCCUGCUCAAGCUGUCGACCAUCUCGCUCGUCAUCUGGCUGGCCGGCUUCUUCGCGCUGUUCCAGAGCUUUCUGAAUGCGCUGGCUGAGAUUACCCGGUUUGGGGAUCGAGAGUUCUACGAGGCUUGGUGGAACAGCGAAGGUCUGGGCAUGUACUGGCGCACAUGGAACAAGCCCGUGUACCAGUUCUUCCGCCGCCACGUGUAUUACCCGCUACGCUCGCGCGGAUGGAACCACACGACGGCCAGCACAGCCGUCUUCCUGGUCUCGGCCGUCCUGCACGAGCUGCUAGUCGGCGUCCCGACGCAUAACAUGAUUGGCGUCGCAUUCCUGGGCAUGAUGAUGCAACUCCCCCUCAUCCAACUGACGCAGCGGCUCGAGCGCAUGAAGUCGGCCGGCGGCAAGCUGCUGGGCAACACCAUCUUCUGGGUGUCCUUCACCGUCCUGGGCCAGCCGCUCGCCGCCCUCAUCUACUUCUACGCCUGGCAGGCCAAGUACGGGAGCGUCAGCCGGGCGUUGGCGCAGGAGCGGCCACCCACCUGUCCUGCUGUUUGAGAUUUGGGAUGGCAUGGGGUGCUAAAUGAAAUGAAUCUUCUUAGAAUAAAUGGCUUAUUUGGAUUUAGAUAGAUGGUUCGGAGAUCGUCGAUUAGAUGGAGAUAAAAAUGGUUAUUUUUCCUUUGGGGAUGCUUUUCACGAUGGUGUUUGGUCGGUGGCAUGGAUGGGCAAAAAGUCGGCGUUUGAUCCA